GUUGGGGCAUCGUUGGGGCAUUAGUAGUAGAUGAAAAACACACACGUGUACACAAGUAGUGUAACAUAUAUGAAGCAAGGGGUAUAUGCUCGGUAUUAAGUUGGUAUCAGUAUACAUUUAGAUAUCCAACUGCACCAUGGAUAUGGUGAGAGGGAUUGUGACCAAGCCCAUACUGUUUGCGUACAUACCUUUCCGCAAUGUGUUGAUGCGGCUUGUAUGUCAGUACACGGGUUGGCUUACGGUGAUGGAACCCUUUCCAGAUUCCAACGAUAAACAGCCUCGAAAGAAGACUGAACCUUCGUUGGCGACUAAGAUCUGGGGUGGUUGUAUGUAUGUGCUGACGUACCUUGCAUCCAGGAGGACAUAUCAGUUACAAGGCGGUCUACGUCACUUGCCAGUGCCAUCUUUAAGGCCUACAAUUGAUAAGUAUGUCGAGUCUCUCAGACCAAUCUGCUCUGAAGUGGAGAUGCAAGAGAUACAGCAAGGUUCGCAGCAAUUUUUAUCGCUGACGGGUGGUUAUGUGUUGCAAACGCUGUUGGUACUACGAUCAUGGGUAGUUGAUAACUAUGUCAGCGAUUGGUGGGGUAUGUACGUAUAUCUCUCGAGCCGCGAUACACUGUUGAUCAACUCCAACUACUACGGCCUAGACUAUGGUUUGGAAUGGCCCACAGACUGCCAACUCUCCCGUGCUGCUUUGUUGACACAGACUAUCGCGAAGUGGUGGGACUUCCUUGAGGACGAGACAGUGGAGCCGUUGAAGCUGAGAGGGUUUAUACCCAUGUGUAUGGAUCAG